CUCCUGCGCCUCUGAUGCUGCCUGACCCACUCUGUUUCUCCAGCAUCUGCUGUUCUUGCUCUCACCUUUAUAAAUUGCCUGCUGUGCAGUUUCAUGUGAAGUUUGGCGAGCCCUGACUUUGGAGUUGGGUGAAAGUUUGUUAACUUGAUCAGUGUGGGUGUGCCUCCCUGCAGCCUCCACACCUUCCUGGGAGGGACGAGAUCCCAACACCGGAUGUGGAGGUUCCAGGUUCCUCCAGGGUCGAAGCAGGUUUCCUGGAUCUGGCCGGCGGCAGGUUGCGACCCUGGGCUGGGGCCCUGUCCAACUUGAUCUGUCCGUGAGCCGCUUCAAGCGGCCGCAGCAACCUCUCUCGCCUCAACUCAGGUGGAAGCACCAGGUAGGGAGAGUGCAGAACUCAGGCAGCAACAGGGUGGGGUGCGAGAUCUUUGCAACUCUCUGCAAGCGAAAAGUCUAUGCUUCCUGUCCUGCAAGCUGGCUGGCCAGCCUGCAUUUCAUCUCCCUUUGGGGCUCACUUAAUUGCGUUUUAACUUUGAAUGUCAUCUCUGCCUCUCUCCCAUCUGAAAUACUGGUCGGAAUUCCAUCCCUCUGAAAAUAUCCCCAGCAACAUUCACAAAUCUCUCUGCAAGGACGUUGAUCUUGUUCCAGGUUGCAGCAGCAGUGAUUGAGACAUGGCACACCGUUCUCAGUGUUCGACCUUGGGUGAUGUAGAUAACGAUCCCAAUCAUGUCCCACCUCACUACAAGGAGUAUUACCGCAUUGCCAUUGACCUACUUGCUGAGGAGGGAAUUGAUGCUUACUACCGCUUCCUGGCAGAAGAGAAAGAGGUGGAUUUUCUCAGCAGCACUGAGAUUGAGCACAUUAAUAAGCACCUGAAGAAACCUGUGGUACCUUUGGAUGAGCUUCAGUUUGUUGUAGGUGACUGUGAUGAAUCAGACUCAUCAGGAACCUAUUGGCCAGUUCACACUGACAUUGCUGCGCCUGCACUAGAUCUAGGCUGGCCGAAUAUUCACAUGUGCAGGGGACCCUCUGAUGUUACUAUCUUUGUGCAUCCACCAGCCCCUGACACACUCAGCAUCAAGGAGGAAGUCAGGAGACUCAUUAGGUCAGCUACCCAGGUUAUUGCGAUUGUAAUGGACAUUUUUACUGACAUCGACCUGUUUGCUGAGGUGUUGGAGGCUGCAAAUCGUGGGGUUCCGGUCUACCUUCUACUGGAUGAACUGUUGUCUCAUCACUUUCUGGACAUGGUCAAGAAAUGUCAAGUGAAUUUGAGCCACAUACAUUUCCUGAGAGUGAGGACAUUAACAGGAUCAACCUACAUCUGCAGAUCUGGAAUGUCUUUUACUGGCAACUUGAUAGAGCGAUUCAUGCUGGUGGAUUGCAGUGCAGUUCUCUGUGGCUCCUACAGCUUUAUGUGGGCCUUUGAGAAGAUUCAUCGCAGUAUCGUUCAACGAUUUCAGGGAGAGCUUGUAGCAAUUUUCGAUGAAGAAUUUCGAAUUCUUUUUGCCCAGUCAAACCCCCUCCCUGGUGUAGAGAAUCUCAUACCAGAACCAGAUAAUUUUUACACUGUGAAACCAUACCAGCCUACUGAUAGGUGGCGACGUAAACAAAGCCCUAGACUUGUACAUCAAGAGGAUAUGCUUUCACAGCAUUCUGGUUAUUCAUGGGCAGAUCCGGAUCGUGACCAUUUUGGCCACAAUUUUAGACAGAAUGAUGUUUUCAGGCAAAUCAAGGAGGAAUCUGGCAUUAGAGGAAGCAUGAGGCAGUUUGCACAUGUUCAGCAAGAGGAUUUUCAACUUGAUCCUACAUCCAGUGCUCUUCUAAGAGCAAAGCAGAUGGAAAUGAAAGCGUUUAAACGGAGAAGUUAUGCAGAAGGGACUUUCGAAAGUUAUGAUUCUAUGGUACAGAGAUAUGGACGAAUAAGUGAUCAUUAUGAUGAAUUAGAUGCUAGAUCUGAGCAAUUAUUCAGGGAAAAGAGAUAUCCUUUGGAGCCUGGAUUAACAAGGAAUAGGUUCAGCUCAUUUAAUAGUAAACAUGUAAAAGAUGGCCUGGGAAUACUCGAACGAUUUAGACAAAACAGAACAACUCAGCAUCAGUACAAUGAGUCAGCAGAACAGCCGAGGCACUGGUAUGAUCGAAAGAAUCAUGAAGAGGCUUGUUUGAUUGGUUUGCCACUCUAUCCACCUCCGGUGAACUAUGAACCUUCCAACUCCUCCAAAGAAGUCCGGCAUGGUUCAAGUGAUCUUGAUCCAGUGGCUGAUGGAAGGCUAGGGCAGAAAAUACAGAAGCGCCCCAAUAUUGGCCAAUCAUAUGCCUGUCAAAAGUCACCAACUCAGAAACAGGUUCUGGAUCCAAAAAUGCUUUUCACAGAGUCCAGUCUUGGUCGAAAAUCUGAUGAUCAGCCCACCAAACAUGGGCUGAGAAGGUGGAGAAUCGGUUCUUAUUUCAGAGAUCAGGAUGAGCACCCCACACAGCUUGAAGAUGUUUCUGCACCUGAUGAAUCUCAGAACAACAAUGAAGUGCUUUAUGAUUCAAGGCAGAACAGAGCCCCUUUCGAGAAACCCUUGUUCAAAGAAUCUGCACAGAUCACAAGUUAUAAACAUUUGGAUCUAUACAACUCAAAGUCUCCAAAAACAGAUUUAUUUGAUGACCAAUCUUUGUCAUCGGAUAAAGGAAAUGAGGAGCGGAAUGUAAAGUUGGCAAAACAUGAAUCCAUGCGUAGUAAACUCAACCCUAUGUUGCAAAGGAGCAGACUGCGUUCUUCAUUGAUCUUCAAUAAUUCCAAGGCAGAACAGCAUAUCACACAAAAAGGGAAAGGGAUCCAGAGCAUCAGGGAGCAGAAGCAGGAGGAAGAAAAGGAAUCCAAAGGGAUUCAGGAAUCUAAAGCAGCUGCAGAUUUUCAGGAAAAUAGCACCAAUGACCAAACCAAACCUAUCCAAUAUUCAAUGCCUGGUAAGACGUUGCCAAAUGAGAUUCCCAAAACAUCUGAACCAAAUCUCAAAGAGAGUUUUACUGGAAAAAAACUAGAUUUGGACAUGGGUUGGCAGCAGACUGACUCUGCUUUCAGUAGCCAUGACCCAGACACUCGUUCUAGUGACCAGCAUGGUGCAAGGUCAAAAGUAGACCUUCAACUGAGCAAAAAGGUACAAGAUGCCAUUAACAAAAUGACCCAGCGUACAUCAUUAUCAAAAGAAAUUAAAACACCUCAUAUACAAUCAGCAAAGACUGAAAAGCCGCCUCUGGAAAAACCCGGAAAGGCCAUUAAUUCUGCAGCUAGGCAACAAGGUCCUCCACCCUCUGAGCUGACUGUCGGGUCUUUGCAGCCAGGACUCCCACCCUCUGAAUCAGCCACUCUGAAUAAUGCUAGAAAUCCCCAAAGAUCCUCUUCUACCUUGAAACUGGAGGAUGCUGAUGGCAAUUUAGCAAAGACCAAGAUGCAUUCAUCUACUGUAUGUCUGGACACAAGAGAGGGUAAAGAGGAUGAGUCAGGAGGGGAAUCCGCAAUUUUAAAUUCCAUUUCAAAGAGUCCCUCAAGAUUGAAAAGUUUUCUCAACCUUCCUGGUGACACAAAAUCAAAAGAAAUGCAAAACAAUGUAGACCUAGCGCAACCUCUGACUUCAGUCAAAGAGAAUGAGAAAAAUCCUGAAAAGCUAUCAAAAACUGUCCAGAGUGAGGUGGUACUUUCCAAUUCUGAGAAAGAGGAGAAGCCACGCAGGCCUCCAGCCAAUCCCACUGCACCCAAAGGUUUACAAACUGUCCAAGGGAGCAGGUAUUCUACAUCUACCUCCAAUGCCCUUUACAGCAGCAACCUUCGAGAUGAUACCAAGGUCAUCCUAGAGCAAAUCUCUGCCAACAGCCAGAAGAAUCGGGCUGAGAGUGCCAAAGUGCAACAUGCCAGCACCAGUGAGAAUGUAACUCCAGGAGAAUCAGAGGAAAAGGUUACUCCUGAGUCAGACAAAACAGACUCUGAUAAAAAGCAGCAGUUUGGUAUCUCAUCAAGGUUUUCAAACUCUAUUAAAAACAAAGGCAAAGCUCAGGCAACACCUGACUAUGUUGAUCCCUUAAUUAAGAGGAUGGACAGUUUUCGAAAAGAGAAACGUGUAUACAGCAGGUUUGAAGUCUUCUACAAGAAAGAUGACUCAUUGAAAACAGAAGACAAUUCUGCAGGCCAACAAGGUGACGAAUCACAAGAUUGUAAGGACAUAGAUAGUGGAGACAAAAAGAAAGCUUCAAAAAUAAUUCCCAAGCUUCUUGAGACGCUUAAGAGGUUUUAAUGCUCCCUGUAAUUUACUAAACUAGGUGGAGCUGAACCACAAGUACUUAGACUGCUUGUUGCUGAGUGCUGAUUUUGGUGAUUUUUGUUUAAAGGUGCAGAAUAUCAAAUACUGCGAUAAAUUAUAGGAAUGGGUAACCAUGUACAGAUCCUUCAAAUAUCCAAUUUUAGAUAAGUGCAGUAACAUACAGCAAGACAAGGAACAUAGCACUCUGAUCCACUCACUGUAGCGAAAGAAUCUUUGAAAGUUGGAUGAGAGUCAAGAGAUAGUUUGGGGAGGAAAGAUGUAGACCUACACGUUAAACCCUUUCAUUUUACAGUCUAACUUGUAUUAGGAUUUCACGGUGCUGGCAGAAUAUACACAAUUGUAUAAAGUCAACAACUGGAAUAAAUGAGGUCAGGAAGCUUGUCAUCUGUAGAACUGGUACCUGAACGUAGCCUUUAAUAUUGCUUCACCUUGAAAGAAGAUUGAGCUGUCUCAAACUGGAAAAGUUUUUACAAGAGCAGACAAAAUAUUAAAUUAAUGAGAUUGAUUUUCAUGGGCUUUUUAAGAAAUAGCAAGAGAAACAUAAGAAUAUCUGCCUUCAUAUAUUAGACAAGUUGUAGUGCAAGAAGUGACAAAAUGCCAAAGAUGCAACUGGCCAUAAACAAACUUGCAUUUAUAACAUGGGAUCCUCUCAUGAUUAAGUGGGAAGUUUCAACUUACUUUUGCUUUUGUAAAGGAACGGUUUGUAGCAGUUACAUAUCUAUGAUUAUCAAACAAGUGUAAUGUAACCUCAGUUUUGUACAGCACAAAUGGGUUAGCAUUUUAGGUCAAUUAUUUCUUAUGUAGAAAGCCAGUAAUUUCAGCUACUAGUUCCAGACUGACCAGUGUUAACAUCUAUUUUGUGAAUCUUUUGCACAAGCCAGUUCAGUUUAAAUAUUUUUACCUUCUAUUCCCCCCAAUCUUAAGUUAGGAGCUCGUGUUUAAGGUAUAGUUUCACACAUGUUCACAGCCUCAGGAAAGUGGCUAUUCUUAAUUGUAAGCCUUAAUUGAGACUUUUUGACACUGUCUUGCUCAGUGAUCAUACACACUGCACUUUCCAACAAGUGAGACUGAUGUGAGCACCCUGUCAGAUAUUGUUUCCUCCCAAGCCUGAGAACACGAGCUAAUUAUAGUCUUUGAUUUCUGCUAACUGCAUAAUGUCGAUGAUAAGCAAGGUUUGCAUUGAAAUCUCUCUAUCUUACUGGUAUUUUUAAAUUAGCUUCCUCUUAUAUGCAGCAAUACUAUCUGCUCUGUGCAAGAAUUAUGUCUUUGUUUCUUGGUGACUGUCUUAUAUUGCUACAUCUGAUUGAUGAGAUUAACAAGUUCUUGCUUUUCUUCUUCCCCACUAUAGAAGCUCAGUUCCAAUGUGAACGCAAUGAAUGAUGAAAUAGCUACACUGUGCUUGUAAGCUUGAUUAUAAACAGCUGUUUGUGCAAUGUAUAUCAAAUGUAAAUAUUUUUGAUGCUGUGCAAGGUUGCUGCCUAUAUCCAUUCACAAAGCUGUUACUUUGUAAUAAGAAAGAUGCUACAUUAACAAAUGUAAAUUCACUCUGUAUUUAACCUGUGCUGUACUUGUCUGAGAAUGUUUGGGAACCCUAUAAGGAGCUUUUCUUUCAGUUCAAAACAGUGGAGGAAGCUUUACUCUGUAUCUAACCCCAUGCUGCCCCUGUCCUGGGUCUGUUUGUUGGGGACUGUGUAAAGAAAUUUUACUCUGUGUCUAACCCUGUGGUGUACAUAUCCUAGGAGUGUCUAAAGGGGAACAGUGUUGAGAAAACUUUACUUUCAGUUUGAAAAAAAGAGUACUGGCAUGUAUAUAUCUGUAUCUAACCUGUGGUAUACAGGGAGUGUUUGAUGGGGAACAUUCUGUCCUUGCCCUGAGAGUGUCCAGUAGUGAUAAUAGAUCUCUGAAAUGCAAAGUUGUGCAAUCUCCUGCACAAACCCUUCAAAAAGUUCAAAGCUGAUGGAUGUGCAGGUAUGGAAGGGGUAUGGGGAGAACAAAUCCACCUUGCAGUGACUGAUAAUAUUGGAAAGAUAAUCUAACAAUCACGCAACAAAUGGUAUAAUGUCAGCCUCUGCCCUGGAAAAACAGGGUUUCCCAUUUCCCUGUGACUGUCUUGACCUUCAGGAAGGGAGAAAUGUGGAAUUAUUUAAAUUAAAAUGUUACUAUUUUGUGUGUCUAUGUAUUUUACACCUAAAAGGGAAUAAUCUUUGCAGUUUAUUAUAUUUGAUGUUCAUAACAUUCCUUGACCAUCAAGACAAGGAACAUUUAACUAUUUCUCUGGGCACUCUGAUUUAGUUCCAGUUUUCAGAGUCAUACUGGCUAUGGCAUCUUCGAUGCAUGUAAACACCUUAGCUAGCCAUGGAAGACAUCAUAACCAAAGCCAGUCUUGCUGUCCACCAGACGGGGUUACUCUGGCUAGUGUUUUUUUUUUAACAGCACAUGGACUGCAGUGGUUCAAGAAGGCAGCUCACCACCACAUUCUCAAAGGCAACUACGAAUAAGAAAUAAACUUACAGCAUCUAGAUGUUCUGAAUGACCAGGCAGUCCAGAACCUGGGUUUACAGUCUAAGGAUGCAGGGAAGCCAUUCAGGACUGAAAUAGGGAGAAGUUUAUAACUAUCUGCCACAGAAAGUGAUUAGGGCCAAAGAGGAGUUAGAUAUUGUUCUCAGAGCUAAAAGGACCAAAGCGUUAGGGAGAAAGAAGGAACAGAAUACUGAGUUAGAUGAUCAGUUUGGAUAAUUAUCAUUUUGAAUUGCCUCCUCUUAUUUUCUAUGUUUCUUUUUGGAUAGACAAGAUUUGGUACACAAAGGGUGUUACCCCUAGCAAGGAGCGGAUCUAGAACCAGGGAACCCAUCUGAGUAAAAAGCAAACCAUUUAGGAGUUAGAUGUGCAGGAACAUCUUCAGAGGGUGGUGAACUUUUGGAAUUCUUUGCUCCAGAGGGCUGUGGUGUAUCAAUCAUUAAACUCAAGAAAGAGAUGAAUGGAUUUUCAGUUACUAAUGACAUCAAGUGAUAUGGCAAUAGCAUGGGAACAUGGCAUUGAGGCAGAUGAUAAGCCAUGAUCUAGAACGACCUCCCCCAGUCUUCUGUCCCUGUUUAAGAAUAGCCAAUUGUGUUAAGUAUUUUUAUGGGGAUGAGCAAGACCACAUGAGCAAGUGUCAGGGUAACCUUGCUAUAUUCCAGGAGAUAGAGUGACCUCCUGCACCAGUGAGGAAGAGCAGAGAAAAUUGUCUUUGGAACAUUCUCUUUAUCUCCAUUUAACCUAAACACAAAAUGGCCUUCUGAAGGGAACCAUCCCCUCUAAAUUUACUUGCAAAAUCAGGGAUGGAUAUCUGUUUAACCUGAGAAGGUGGGGGAUAGGGCAGAUUAGCAGAAACAAAACAACUAGGAAAGCUUCGACAAAUAUGCCAAUAUAAAUGGAACUAAAGUACCUUUUAAACAUGUGCAGUGGUUUGAUUACUGAAUGUAUGGUUCUGUAUAUCUCAGUACAAUAUGUAAUAAACCAUAUUCUCUUGUAUUUCAGCACAACAGCAGCUAAAU